GAUAAUGAGCUCGUGCUUUCUGACCGUGAUAAUGAGCUAGUGCUCCCUGACCGUAAUAAUGAGCCGGUGCUCCCUAACCGUGAUAAUGAGCUAGUACUCCCUGACCGUGAUAAUGAGCUAAUUCUCCUUGACCAUUAUAAUGAGCCAGUGCUCCGUGACCGAUAUAAUGAGCCAGUGCUUCCUGACCAUGAUAAUGAGCUAGUGCUCCCUGACCGUGAUAAUGAGCUAGUGCUCCCUGACCCUAGUGCUUCCCUCUCCCGUGAUAAUGCGCUAGUGCUCCCUGACCGGGAUAAUGAGCCAGUGCUCCCUGACCGUGAUAAUGAGCCAGUGCUCCCUGACCGUGAUAAUGCGCUAGAGCUCCCAGACCGUGAUAAUGAGCUAGUGCUCCCUGACCGUGAUAAUGAGCUAGUGCUCCCUGACCGUGAUAAUGAGCUAGUGCUCCCUGACCGUGAUAAUGAGCUAGUGCUCCCUGACCGUGAUAAUGCGCUAGUGCUCCCUGACCGUGAUAAUACGCUAGAGCUCCCAGACCGUGAUAAUGAGCUAGUGCUCCCUGACCGUGAUAAUGAGCUAGUGCUCCCUGACCGUGAUAAUGAGCUAGUGCUCCCUGACCGUGAUAAUGCGCUAGAGCUCCCAGACCGUGAUAAUGAGCUAGUGCUCCCUGACCGUGAUAAUGAGCUAGUGCUCCUGACCGUGAUAAUGAGCUAG